AGAGUGGCAAAAAGUAAAAUUCCCCCUAUUAUCCCCGUCCCCGUCUAUUCUCCGUCCUCGUUCUCGUACGAAGCCUAUCCAGACAUCUCCGCGCGAGCGGCCGGCGGUGGGCAGAGCGACGGCGAGAGGAGCAGCGGCGAGCGGAGUGGCGGCCAGUGGAGCGGCUGCGGGAGGGGCGGGAGAGCUGGAGCAUCUUACAGGCGUGUGGGGAUGGAUCCCGCCUAGCCGCUCCACAUCAGAUCGCCGCAAUUCUUGGAGUACGACCGGCGCCGCCAUCUACUACGGUUCAUCUUCGUUUUUUAAGCAGAACACUUUCCAUUGUCUGAAGCUUGGUGUUGAAGAACUGAUUCUGAUGCCUGGAGGUUUGUUUGGAAAGAAACGCGCCUAGGGCCUCACCGCCCGAUGGCUACCGCCGCCAACCGGGGCGCGGGCAGCAAGUGGACCAGAGACCCGCAGCUCGGAGACCUGGUCCUCGCCAAGAUCAAGUGCUACCCUCCCUGUCCAGCCAAGGUGAGUAGGCCGGAGGACUGGAAUCAGGUGCCGUCUGCACGCAAGUUCUUUGUCCUCUUCUUUGGUACCAACGAGAUUGCUUUUGUAGCUUUGCAAGACCUUGAACCAUUUACGGAAGAAGUGAAGAAUGACUUGGUAAAUCAAGCACGAGAGAAACGCUUGCCAAAAAGAUAUGCGAAAUAUCUUGAGGAAGCCUUGGUGGAGAUAUGCAAGGCCUAUGAUGAGUUGCCAAGUUCAUCUGAAACUGCAAAAUCAUCUAAAACUGGAAACGGUUUGUUGCCUGACCGAACUCUUGGUCUGAUUGAAAAACCUGCAGAGCACCUUAUAAAGCCACCUGAUGACGAUGGGACACAAAUGUUGGAACAAACAGAAGGUGGUUGUUUUAUGGGCAACUUGAAUUAUUUGGGGCACAUUUCAGGAACUGAGGGCAAUGUGAAAGAUUGUGGUAAUGACAGAAAAGAUCCUUUUCCAACAACUUCUAAAAGGAAAAUGCCUGUAGGAAAGGAUUCGGACCAUCCCAAGGAAAAGAAGCAUGUGGCAUCAAAGUCAGCUACCAACCUGCACCUUGAACAAGAACAUUCACCAACCGCUCCGUGCUCUGAUAGAGAGACCAAAGACCAGAAAGUUGGGAAAGAGAGCCAUCCAACUGAAGAUUUAGUUUUGGACCCAACUGUACAGAUAGUUCUUGAAGUGCCAAAGAAAUAUACAACUGAGAAGCAGUUGAAGGCUGCUGAUAGGAAGGAAAAGAAGCAUGUCGAUGCCACUGGUAUUUCUACGAGGACAGCUCUUGAGGCUCUACCUGUUACUGUACCGAACAAUAGUGCUGAAAAAGAAAGCAGAGGAUUUGAAAAGUUGAAGAUGAUGAUGAAACCAUCAGUUACGGACAAAACAGAGAGAAAGGGCGCCAAUGGCAGCAAAUGGACCAGAGACCCACAGCUCGGAGACCUGGUCCUCGCCAAGGUCAAGGGCUACCCUCCCUGUCCAGCCAAGGUGUGUAGGCCAGAGGACUGGAAUCUGGUGCCGGCUCCACGCAAGUUCUUGGUCCUUUUCUUUGUCACCAAAGAGCUUGCUUAUGUAGCUUUGCAAGACCUUGAACCAUUUACGGAAGAAGUGAAGAAUAACUUGGUAAAUCAAGCACGAGAGAAACGCUUGCCGGAAAGACAUGUGAAAUAUCUUGAGGAAGCCUUGGUGGAGAUAUGCAAGGCCUGUGAUGAGCUGCCAAGUUCAUCUGAAACUGCAAAAUCAUCUAAAACUCGAAACGGAACUGAGGGCGAUGUGAGAGAUUGUCGUAAUGACAGAAAAGAUCCUUCUCCAACAACUUCUAAAAGGAAAAUGCCUGUAGGAAAGGAUUCGAACCAUCCCAUGAAAAAGAAGCAUGUGGCAUCAAAGUCAGCUACCAACCUGCACCUUGAACAAGAACAUUCACCAAUCGCUCCGUGCUCUGAUAGAGAGCCCAAAGACCAGAAAGUUGGGAAAGAGAGCCAUCCAACUGAAGAUUUAGUUUUGGACCCAACUGUACAGAUAGUUCGUGCUCUUGAAGUGCCAAAGAAAUGUACAACUGAGAAGCAGUUGAAGGCUGCUGAUAGGAAGGAAAAGAAGCAUGUCGAUGUCACUAGUAUUUCUACGAGGACUGCUCCUGAGGCUGUACCUGUUACUGUACCGAACAAUAGUGCUGAAAAGGAAAGCAGAGGAUUUGAAAAGUUGAAGAUGAUGAUGAAACCAUCAGUUACCGAUAAAACAGAGAGAAGGGGCGCCAAUGGCAGCAAAUGGACCAGAGACCCACAGCUCGGAGACCUGGUCCUCGCCAAGGUCAAGGGCUACCCUCCCUGUCCAGCCAAGGUGUGUAGGCCAGAGGACUGGAAUCUGGUGCCGGCUCCACGCAAGUUCUUGGUCCUCUUCUUUGUCACCAAAAAGCUUGCUUUUGUAGCUUUGCAAGACCUUGAACCAUUUACGGAAGAGGUGAAGAAUGACUUGGUAAAUCAAGCUCGGGAGAAACACUUUCCAAAACGAUAUGCGAAAUGUCUUGGUGAAGCCUUGGUGGAGAUAUGCAAGGCCUAUGAUGAGCUGCCGAAUUCAUGUGAAACUGCAAAAUCAUCUGAAACUGGAACUGGUUUGUUGCCUGGCCAAAAUCUUGGUCUGGUUGAAAAACCUGUAGAGCACCUUAUAAAGCCAUCUGCUGAUGGUGGGACACAAAAGCUGGAACAAAUGGAAGGGCCAGUGGAGAUAUGUGUGUCUCGUCAUCUCAUCUUGGGGGAUGUUGUCGAGCAGCUCGGUGGAUCGUCAGUGGUGUACCAGACGGGGAAUACUGAAGCUGGCUACGUGAGCAAAGCUGAACCAACUAUUCCUGUUGGGUGUUGCCUGGAGUUAAAGAGCACACAGGGCGCAGAGGGAUGUGCGGCCGAGCAUGCCAGUGCUGCCGGAGAGGAUGCGGCUGGUGAACUGAUCCAUGACUUGAGGGUUCGCUCUGGUGGUCGAAUCAAGGAUGCUAACUGGAGGCAGUCUAAUCGGGCCCGACAGCGGUUAAGGAAGGUGCGGUUGUCUGUAGGCAAGCUUGCUAGCAGGAACUUGAAGCUUGGUUCGUCUCUUGACAACCUGAUGGUGGAAAAUUGUGUGUUGCGCUCUUCGUUAAGGGUAUCUACAAAGAAGAACGCUGAAUUGGCUGCAGCGGUUGAGUUGUUGGAUACGAAGAACCGGGAGCUUACGGAGAAGAUUGAGGUUCUUGAGCAUGGCUGUGAUAAAGCGCUGGAUGACUUGAAUGGCGCGGCCUUGGCCUUGUGUUCUCUUGGGGACUGCAUGCAGCAAGGGGCUGUAGAAGAAACCGGUGGCAUGGCCACUGGUGGGGACAGCAAGCAGCCAAGCACUGAUGAUUCUCUGUAGUUGUUGUGGUGACAACUCAGCGUCACGUUCCAGUGAGUAGGCAACACUCCUACUGCAGUAGACGUUUGCUCUUUUUGCUGCUGACGUGUUGGGAGAUGGUGGUUUCUUUUGCCUCUGUGAAUAUUAUGGAACAUGUAUGGAUCAGUGUGUUUGUAUGUUUCUGUUUAUGUAGCACCAAUGCGAACAUGCAUGUAUUGCUCGUCAGUAUAUACUUAUGUAGUAUCAAUGCAGAAACUAAAAGAUACAAAUCUUUUUUUUUUAA